AUGAAUUUCAUGAAACUUCCCGCCGAGCUGCGCCUGAAAAUCUACGGGGAACUUGCUACUGGCCCACUCGGGGGUCCAUGUUAUUCGGCCAUAUACAUCCUCCGCACUUGCAAGAAGGUGUACCAGGAAGCCAGGGAGGUCAUUUACAGCAAAAAUUUGUUCCUCUUCGUCGACGCCGACGAUUUUGUCAUCAUCUUCCUUCAAGCCAUCGGCAUCCAGAAUGCCUCCCUGAUCAAGCAUGUUCAUAUAUCGUUUCCAAUCUUUGACCAAACGGGCGAUGAUUACAUUUUCGACCGAAAUGAGGCCGUUGUAUGCGAUGUCAUAGCCCAGCGCUGCCCUCGGAUCGAGCACGUUACUAUCAUCCCUACCCAUCCUCUAUUUUUCCAAUACACUCCCGACGACGAUGUGAAUGCUUCCACGGAUCGGUUUUUGGAGCUAGUGAAUAAGCGCUUUCGGGAGUUUACUGACCGCAUCAGUAUUUCCCUGUUUGAGGACGCAUGUCAUGAUAUCCGAGGGAAGCUGAGCUCACUCGGCUGGGAUGUGAUCGUCGAGCGUAAGAAAGAAUACUAUCCUCGUCAGUCUGCACCUCAAGGAGACCGAGAGCUCACAGAUACUGAUAACAAUUUUGGGGAUUCGGGAUUCGGAGUCUGA